AUGUCUUUAGCUGAGAAAAGUGACGGAAUCCUAGAAACCCAUGUCCAUUGGGAGGAAAUAGAAGAGCAGAUGCAAAAAUCUCUUGAAACAACUGCUACUUUCGGACCCAAUAAGACUGCUAAAGAUAUUGGAAUAGGAAACGGCUUCGUUUCACGUAUUGCUUUGAUUAACCCUGAUUGGCAAAAUGGGUCUGACAACUUGCCCAAAACUUUUGUCGCCAAAAUCUGUUCCGCUCUCGCUCUCAUAGAGUUCAGCCAAAAUGGUGACAAACAGGAAGAUCUCUCCGGUAUUGUCGAAAAGAUUCUCAUCGUUGGCCCAAGGAUUCACAAUACGGAAGUUGAUACUUACCAAAUCCUAAAAAAGUACGAUGAAGGACGAAUCCCACUGCCAAAGAUCUAUGCCACGCGUAAGUUCUCUGACGAGAACAAAACACGCGGAUAUAUACUAAUGGAAUACUUCGAUGAUCUUGUUUCUUGUCAUAUUUACGACGUUGUUGAUGUAGAGUCUAUCAAAAAGGCGUUACGAUCCAUAGCCAUUUGGCAAGCAGUUGGUUUGAAACUGACAGAUGAAGAGAGAAAUAAGUUCACUAAAACUUCAAUGAGCGAAAACCUUUCAGACGUUUUCUCGGCAGAAAUGAUCGAACGUACAGGCGAUGGCUUCAGGAGCUUUUUGGGACCUGAUUACUCUGAAAUCACAGAACAGUACGUUGACGUUUUGCGAAAAUACUGCAAUAAGGAAAAUUUCACGAAACUUGAUUUUCUUUCUGAUAAACUAGGUUGUAAGAGAGUGCUCUGUCAUGGAGACUUGUGGUGCACCAACAUUCUUUGGACAAAAACGAAUGGGGCUUUCGAUAUCAAGGCUCACAUAGAUUUCCAAGCUACUAGCUUCAAUGGACUAGCUAUGGACAUAAACCGAGUAAUCUCCGCUUGCCUUAGUGGAUCGGAUCGUAGAAAGAAUUAUAAAGAUUUGUUGAAAACUUUCUAUAGUUACCUUGAAGAAGAAGUAGAUGGAGAAAUGCCCUACAGUUAUGAGCAGCUUGAACAUGGCUACAAGUAUUACACACCUCUCAGUGCUAGCAUGAACUUGAUGUUUGUUAACCAGAUUUAUACAUUUAUAUCCAACAAGUUCCCAGAAUCAGCAGAAAAAAUAAAAGAAACUUUACUCGAGAAGACAGUAGCCUUGAUGGAAGAUGCAGUUGACAGUCAGAAUACUCAACCAUUAUAG